AUGGGGAAGGUGAAGAGUUUGACAAUAAGCUUGGACUAUCUUAAUGACAGCAAUGUCUAUUCGAGGGGGGACACAGUCUCCGGAAGGGUGCAUUUAGAAGUUACCGAAGAAAUUACAGUCACCUCGCUUAAAAUACAUUCAAAAGGACUUGCAAACGUACGCUGGACUGAAUCGAGAAGUGGCGACACUUCCGACGAUAGUUACUGGGCAACGGAAAAAUAUUUCAAGCAUAAGGAUAUCUUGUUUGGGCAGGAAAGAGAUGAUAAUGCCAGCAAUGAAGGUAACCACAUCAUUCAUUCAGGAUGGCAUGAAUAUGCAUUCAGCUUUCAGCUUCCACAGGUAUCACUCCCUACCUCAUUUGAAGGCAUUCAUGGCAGUGUGCGUUAUUGGGUAGAAGCAAAAUUGCACAGGUCUUGGCAUCUACCAGUAAAAUCAAAGAAGGAAUUUACGGUUGUUGAACAUAUAGAUAUCAACACUCCUUCAUUACUGACACCCCAAGCAGGAACAAAAGAAAAGACUGUGGGUUACUGGUUUUUUGCCUCAGGCCCAAUAUCCUUAAGAGCCAAAAUCGAAAGGCAGGGCUUUACCCCAGGUGAACCAAUUCAGAUCUUUGCAGAGUUUGAGAACCACUCUUCCCGAAUGGUGGUACCAAAGGCUGCCAUUUAUCAAAUGCAGACAUACUAUGCCAAUGGAAGAACGAACAAAGAAAAUAAACCUGUGGCCAAGCUGCAAGGAGAGUCCCUGUCACCAGGGAAGACAGAAACCUGGAAUGGCCAACAGCUGAAAAUUCCACCUGUUUCCCCAUCAAUCCUUGAUUGUAAAAUAAUUCGUGUGGAAUAUUAUCUAAUGGUAUAUGUUGCUAUUCCAGGUGGAAUGAAACUCUCCCUUAAUUUACCACUUGUCAUUGGUACCAUACCAUUACAUACCGUUUGA